AUGUCUGACGGAGAGCCAAUCAAACUUGCAUUGAGGGGUAGCCCUCGAGAGAUCGGUGUGAAGCAUGGCCGGUCAUUGAAAGACCAGAUCCGCGAUCAAAUGCGCAUCUACGAAAGCAUGUUCGAGUACACCUCGAAGCUAUCCUGGCACGAAGUUCGAGAAGUCGCCAAAGAAUUCGCACCUACGAUUCAACGCCUAACUCCCCACAUAUUUGCCGAGAUGGAAGGCAUCGCGGAGGGGGCGGAGGUCGACAUUCUCGAUAUUGUGGCACUGAACUGUCGAAGCGAAAUCGCCCUGGGCAAGUUUUCUGAUGGAUGCACGACACUUUGCUGGAAGACGAACGACAAUGUCCGUGUACUAUCGCAGAACUGGGACUGGACUGCAACUGUGAAGAAGAAUCUGGCCAUGGUCUCUAUCGAGCAGCCUGGAAAGCCUAGCAUAUACAUGAUCACCGAGGCUGGAAUCGUUGGUAAGAUCGGUUUCAAUUCCGCCGCAGUGGGAACAUGCCUCAAUGCCAUUCGUGCGAAACCGAUGAUCAGCAGCAAGCUGCCAAUCCACGUAGCACUCAGACUAUGCCUUGAGAGCACCUCUGUGACCGAGGCUGUUGAGACACUUGAGAAACUCGGCGGUGUUGCCUCUGCUCAGCACAUCUUGGUGGCAGACAGCACAACAGCCCUGGGACUCGAAGUAUCCCCCGUGGGCAACAAAUAUAUCCCCGAGGAUGCCUCCGGAUUGAUUGGUCAUACCAAUCAUUUCAUUGAGAAUCGAUAUGUGGAGGAGCCCCCUUGGCUGUCUGGGUCACCCAUUCGCCUCAAGCGGUUAGAGGAUCUUACUACAGAACUGAUCUCUAGCGGGGUGCAUGGUGAUGCCGUUUCUCCUACUUUGUUGCGAGAGCGGAUCUUCUCGGAUACUUACAAUGCUCCGCAGGCCAUCGCCUGCCAGGAAGACGAGUCUCGCGAUGUCUCCACGCGAAGCAGUUCGUUAUUCAACAUUAUCAUGAAUUUGGAUCCACGGAAUCUGGGUGCCGAGGUAGUCUGGGGUCGUCCCGGCUCGGGAGAGGAGGGAGCUGUCCUUAAGAUGCCUUGGUGA